CUUACCGUACACUAAGCCGGUUUUGAAGUCCCGGUGUCUCAUGCCUUCCAGAAGCGAUGCACAUGCCUUUCGUGAUUCAGCUGCUGUAUAUACAACAGACCAGAAGGCCGCCUCAUAUUCUGUCAACAGCCCGAAGCUUGCCACUGAGCACGUGACUCGGCACCGUCUUCGGCGUACCCGUUUUACCAGUGGUGGUGGGACCGUUGAGCCUGAUGUGACGGAAGAUUGCGUCACUCACCGGGCUAGGCGUUCGAGUAAUGCACACGGGAGUAGUCAUCUCGCCGUCCGUAACUCUAAGCCGCAUUUACGGCCGCCGAACUCGCUUCCCUCUUCACCGAAUUCAGCAUGUUCCUUGAUUGAGGCUGUUCGGCAAAAAACCGCGGUCAUUCUAGAUCCUUAUGUGUCUCAAAAUGAUACGUCCAUCAAUCGCGUCGAGCAACUUGAGGAUGAAAAUUCCUUUUCUUCCAGUGUAUUUUCUGAACACUUAGCAUCGUCUGACCUGCCUCAUAUGAUAAGUGCAAUAUCUCGCGUUCCGAAUUCUUCGCAAAAGUCUCGGCAUAGCUCAAUACUUUCUUCUGAUGUGCUGCUCGCUGAUGACGAAGAUACGAAGGACACAGAUCAGGUCGAAUUCGCUCAUAAGAUCAAAACGGAUAUGGAUAACUUGUUAAUACAGGAAGAUAGUGAGAUAUCCACUCCGGCUUUGGCAGUUACAGAUGAUCCAGGUAGCUCUGAGGGUGAAGAUGACAAUGAUGGAAAGGAACCGCCGCUUGUUGAAACCACCGAUUCGAGACAUCAUCUUUCUGUUGAAGCGAGCGAUGCAGACAUCAUGUCCGCCUCCGAAACUCCUUUGUUGGUUGAUCCAUGCGGAGACAGUCAUGACUACCAGAACGAUUCCAUUCUCGGAAGUGGAGUGUUUGGUUGUGUUCAGACGGCUGUAAGCCGAACGGUCCUGAACGUAGAUGCUUCCUCCCGACUGUCUAUUGAUACCGCGUCGAAAUCACCCGGCUCGCAUGGUACUCAUACUAGUGAAGUAAUCACAACGGCAGCAACAUCAUUUCAUCCACAAGUACCGGUGGACUGUUCGACAACCACUGGAUCUGCUCGUAUGGUCACUCGGUCACAAACUGCCGAGUUGUUUCGACAAACUGUGAACACAUCUCCCCUAUCUUGUUCAGAUACCCCGCACUUCGGCAGCACUGUACAUAAACCCCUCUUUACUGAACGUCUUUCACACGGAGCAGAUGCCAGCUCAUCCCAAACCCAGCCUUCCUCUUCCUCUGCGACGGUGCAAUCCUUACAUAAAAUUCCCAGCAGUACGAAGCGACAUUCCAGUCCCAUUGUGCCUUUCGAUGAAUUCUGUGAAGAUUCCGCUCGCGCAGGUUUUCGUAACGGAUGUCAGGAGUUGGUCCAUCCCCCAGAACUUCAAACCACUACUGCGACUUCCCUCGACGGAUCUCAUGCUACGCCACUGUUAUCUCGGGCUCCCGAUAUUACUUACGGUGGUUCCUUCUCCUCAUCGAAUUCGAAGAAUCCUGAACACACACAACUUGCUUUUUUCGGUGCAACAGCCGACGAGACAGGAUGGCAAAAUUCUUCGGUGGCAGUAAUGACGUCAUCCACCCCACAGUCGACCAUCGAUCAUCAUCGGGCACCGAUCAGAACGUCGAGCGAAGGUGGCAACGUGUUGAGCUCUCCGGCCACGCCUUGUCGCUCCUAUCCUCUGCGGUCUCGUCUUCGUCGCGAAUCCAUGCUGCGUGAAUGGCAAGCAGCCCAGACAGCUCCAAAAUCAUUCAACCAUUUGCCAACCGAAGUUGUCUUUCGUAUUGUUCACUAUCUAAGCAUUCAAGAUGCAUUCCGAUUGCAACUUAUCAAUCGGCGCCUCAAAGCAAUCGUCGAACGUUAUUUGCUACUCGUCAAGCGUAUCAACUUUAGUAACGGCUUGCCUUUUGCAUUUCUACCCGAAUCUAUCACUGACUCUGCUCUGAAACGCAUUCUCAGUCGUACUCCGGAGGUCACACACAUCUUGGGGUUCUACCCAAAACGAAUACUAGGUUCGCAUCCAGCGGAUUUCCACAGCCUGGGCAACACUCGCUCGGGACCGAAUAAUGCGCUGACUUAUGCCGGUAUUAUAUCAGCGUUUCGUAUUUGUCCUCGCCUCCGAUCGGUUGAACUCAUGGAUGUCGAGCUAAUGAGCAAGCUAGUACACUAUCUACCGCGUAUCAAGUUCCAUGGCAUGUUUCGCAACCGUCCUGAUUCAUGGGACAGUGAGUACGCCGUACCGUUGCCACCCGAAUCUGAGCCGUUGUCCCCUACGGUUGCUGAAACCGUUGUAGAAAAUCCCAGUUCGUGUUCCUUGUCAUCUGGUACCGACAAUCCAGCUUGCCAACCACUUUCGGAUCCAGAACCCGCCGGAGUAAACCAUUUGAGCAAUUUGUGCUGUUCACUUAUGGCCGCUACAGCGGUCGCUACAAGUUAUCCGAAAUCUAAGUUGCAUAAACUGUUUGGUUUCAAACGACUGAAAUCCGGGCGUCGGUCAUCUUCCGGAGCAUUUUCGCCGCCGCCAGUGGACGUCAUCCCAGGAACGCCUAGUGGUUCCUCUGGGAACUCAAUUGGACACUCAGCUGCUGCCGUCGCUCAGCGAUAUACAAUACAGUACGCUGAUCUGGCUUCCUGGUUCGAACCUUUAGGCGAAUCUCCAGUCGGCCAUGGCUCACCUUCCACCAUCCCACAAUUUCUUCCGUCACGAUCACUUACACCAUGGCUUGAUCGUCCGCCACAUCAGAGGACUAUUCCCACGAUCAAUAUCCUCGAUGGUCUGAGAAAUAUGGCGAUUGCACCGUUCCUCCAACCCGGUCUGCCUCCAAUCGAAGCUGAAGUGAUCACCGGACCCCUGAUCGGUCCCACCGACCCUGCAGAUGGACCGCCUAUUGCACUCAAUCACCAUGCACCAGUUAUGGCGCUUGCUUUGCGAGCGGUAUUUGUCCCACCGCAUCUACCCAAUCACGGUGUUCCGGCUCCCAUAUUGCUUGCUCCUCAUGGACCAGGUCCGGAUGGACUGGGCAAUCCACCCCAGGAUGAAAGGCGCAUGAUUUGGCCGCAACCACAGGGGCAAAAUGUAGCCUUGCCUAUGGGACCACCUGCCGGUUUCGAUGGCGGAGUUGAGGCUAGGCACAUUGAAAUGCAUAAUCAACAACCAAGACAAGCACCUGUCAUCGCCCAGCCGGUGCGGAUUGCUCCGAAUCCAAUAUUCGCUGGUCGCUCACAUCGGCGGCAUCCAAUUAGGCACUACGUCCGUCACAUACCCGCGACCGGACGUUUGAGUGCUAGUGGACCGUGGCUUGUUUCCCCUCUGCCAAGUCAUGCAAACUGGAUCGCUCUACCACAUGCAAUCACCAACCUGACCAAAUUGGACCUCGUCUCUGUAGCCAUCAGUGCGAUUCCGCGACUGGACAAUAUCAAAUACCUACAUCUGAAAUGGGUUGUAUUCACGUCGGCAGAUCCAUUCUUCAACUUCUCCGCGACAAAACUACAGUCAUUUGUGAUGAACAACUGUAGUGGUCCGUCUCGAGCUGUCCGGUUUGUACGUAUCUUCUCCGCGCUUGCUCGUGCGCCACAACUCACUCGUUUGGAGCUAGUUGGGAUUCGUUUUGUUGAUGGACUUUUGGCCCAUAUCAUUGACGUACCUCUUCUACCGGGCCGAGGCUUCCGCAACCUGCAACGUUUGGUCCUGUCCAGUAAUCGGGAUGCCUCGGAAUUCGAUGUGGGCCUCAUGUUGCUGGCCGGGCAACAGUCGCUGAGUCAUGUAGCCUUGCAAAUUGCGCACACACGGAACUCGCUGUUUGAGUCGUUAUGGUGUGCUCGAGCUGGCUUUCCACGUUUGGAAACCCUCAUACUGGGCUACCAAGAUCCCUACCAGUCUCGAUUGACCGUCUCCGAGUUGCUGGGUCUCGGAGUCGGUGAGGCUUGCGAUCACUUGAUGCCAUUGUGUGAAUUGACUGACUGGGGACUAUCCGUCGUAUUCCGUCUCUGUCCGAGGCUGGCAAGUCUCACAAUCCGCCAUGCACCCUACUUGUCCUCGGUUCUCACUUGGCACGACCGGUCGCCGGACAACUGGAUCCUGGAUGAGCCCGGUGGUGGGGCGAACGCUGCUGAUGAGGCUCACUCAAAUGGGCCGCUCGCACCCAACCGCGCUCGACCUCAUGAAGGUCAAGAGGCCGCUGAAGAUACUGCCAGCACUAACCAACCUACGGAUGCUGUCGGCGAUCCUCAGUAUUUACUUCUCAGGUCGCUGACGCUGGAAAAUUGCCCAGGAAUCUCGAUUGAGAGCCUAGAGGAUGCAAUUACCAGUGGGACACCGUUUCCAUGCUUGGAAACUUUGGUGUUGCGUGAUAUGUUUCUUUCUCGGUGCGAUCAGUCACGCGACGUUUUUCGGAAGCCAACUUGGAUUGAGCGCAGAGCAUGUCAAGCGAAAGUCAACGUCGCAUCGAAUUGUCCCAGUCAGCCUUUCGAAGUGGACUGGUGUCGAGUAGCACAACUACAGGCGCUGUCCGAUUUGUUGGCUGCCCGGCAUUUGAGCCAUUCCUCUACAUGUCCUGAGAGCAUCGGUCUGGCCUCUUCUGUACGAAAUGUCGCUGCUUCAUUCCCAUCUGGCGGAGUGCGAGAUCCCGAAUUGGCGCUAAAACCUUUCGAUCUUUUUUACUCGCUGAGGACCCGUCACUACUUAUCCAAUCUCCUGGAAUUAGACGGAUCAUGUGGUCCACGAUCAAUUGGUCAGAGACGUUUUGCGAAUGCUCUGUUUGGUCCGCUUAGCUCAACUGCUCAUACCGUUCCAUCGGAAACUCCGCAUAACGUGGAAUUUGUAUCCCAGUCCACACAGACUUGUAUUUGUGGCACGCUGGAAUGGAAUGUUUUCAAUGACCUGGUACUUCUACCGCCCACCAUUUCUGCAGAUAGUGCCUGUUCUUCCUCAGCACACCUCACGCGGCCUCAUGUUGAUUACUCGAUUCCCACGGAUGUCUCUUCCACCGAUCAAGCGCAACAACUCGGGGGUCCGUUAGCCUUCCAUCCAUUCCCUCCGUCCAUCCUCCAUCAAGAAUUGUUCAAAAUCGUCACUGCCUCUGAAUGGACCAAGGACGUGCUCCAAACCCCUCCAAUGGUCCAACUCGCUUCCCUCCAGUCUACUACUACACGCAUUCCAGUUUCAUCCGGUGACUGUCCCGGUUGCGUUUCCGAUACAUUCCACUGCGACCCGAAUUCCCAGUCGCUCUCCGGUCUUCAAUUUGAGACCGAUCUACAGCACCGACCGCGUAAAUGGCUCGCUCGUGAUGCUGCUAUAGACACCACGGAACUUCGCUGUCACACCUUCCCCGGACCCCUCGUAUUCACAGUACUGCAAAAUCCAGGUGCUCCGUUCAGCAACCUGACUUCGAUCCACUUCGAAAAAGUGGGACUAUCUCAUCUAGUUCUGAGUGGUGCUCCACAUCUGAAAAAUGUCACCUUAGAGAACUGCCCACAACUGCAGGCCAUUUUGCUCGCCCAUCCUUCGGUUCCGAUGGACACGGAAACCGUCCCAAGCACGUUACCCUCACUUCGGCGUAUUCGAGUGAUCCGGUGUCCCAAAUUUGCCAUCUACCACCUGCUGAAUGCCAUAGCAAGCAUGUAUCCGAGCCACGAUGAGAACGUUUCGAUCAUCUAUCGCCCGUUCGGCCAAUACGAUGAACGAGUCGAGAAGGCUUUGUGGGACCGAGCUCACCAUGCUCAUGUUCUCAUUUCGCAUGAUUACAAACUGCAUGAAAGUGAGCGGGAAAUGGAGGAAUUCCACUCCAGUUUCGAUCAGCUGUUCAGAGAGGUCAUCAACUUUGCUGAUAUGCUUGUUCGUCGAGAACUACUGCAAGUGUAUCCGAAACCAAACACUGCGCUGUCGUCUCCAUCCAGUUUCCGACGCUCAGAGCACGGCGCUAACUGGGACCUAGUGACUGAUAUCCCAUGGAUCCACGAAAUCUGCUGUUCCUUCCUACGUGGCAGCGAACCCCGUCAGUCAGAUCAAGCAGAUCAAUUCUACGAGGUUUUGUCCGAGAUACAAACCGCUUCACACCCUCUCAAACUUCAGCGUCGUGGUAUUCAUUUGCACGUCCAGUUCCGAGAUACUCAUUCCUCGCUCUGUCCUGUUUCCGUGUCAGAUGAACGACCCUCCGAGCAGGCGAAAUCCACUAAUUCGCUUCCACAGUCCUAUUUAAGAUGGCCGCCUUCUGAUCAGUUCCUAACUACAACACAUCCUGCCUUAGAUCCCAACGUUUGGGGUGAUGGCUAUGAUGAAGCAAUGGUGGCUGCAUUGCCCCCACGGGAGACCAAGCCAACUCACUCCUGGUCUGGUUCGCCUAUCUCAGACAUCCCUUCAUGGCAGCGUCUUCUGCUUUCACAGGAAGAGCCUGACUACGAGGGAAUUCGUGACGAUACUAAUCCACCCGAUUCCGACACCCCUUCGAACUCAGGAUUGACCGUCUCGCAAAUGUGCGAUCAAGUAACAAGGCCAAUCGCCACUUGCGAACCGGCUCACUCGUCCUCGAAACGUCCCCGCGUAGAACGUGACUUCACCGCGGCCGUUUGGGCCAAGCUGAAGUCACCGAUCGCAGUUCCCCACUCCAACUUUCCUACUUCAUCAGCCACUUGCACUGAUGGUAGUGAGAAUGGUGGAAUCUGUAGAAAGCGUCCUUCUCUCCCCUACCAUAUUCACUCUGACCAGACAGUGACGAAGAAACCCAGGCAUACCUGUCAUAAAUUGAAUUGAUCCCCAUGGUGUUCGGUCAUGCUGAACAGCACCUUGAGGAACUACUGUGUUUGUAUUGUUCCGCUUCAGACAAACCUCGGUUCAGCUCCCUCUCACACACGCACACAGGCACAAACCGGUCACCACACCGAACACUCCAUAGCUAGGCCAGUUGUGAUCGAUCUUUAUCUGUAAAACCACUCCGUCCCGUGAACAUAUUUCCUGUUUUCCGCUCCCCAGUCGACACAUUUCCCACAGCCGUUGUGAUGCACCACUCAAAGACACAUACCUACCAUACUCACCGCAAAUCACUUCAAUGGUUGCCCUGCAGCAAAACAUCUUUCACGUUCUUGCGAAUCGGGGCGCACAGUCUUUGUCGAUUUUGCAUUGCAUUUCAUCCAAGCAGGCGGCCCAUUUCCUAUUUUUCUCAACCCUUAUCUUCUAGCAUCUCUAUUGAUUAAUAUACGGUGCCUUUUUUGUGUGUCCAUGUACGUUCAUUCCCGCUCGCCGUUUUUGCACCAACGGUAUUUAUCCUCGCCUGUUUCCCUCCUUUGAAAGUUGUUUCGUUCCACAGUUCUUGCGUGAAUGAUCUUCUCGGAGUUCUAGCUUCUCGUGUCCACUUGUCUCCCCGUGUUACGACGUUUCGGUUGUCUCCAGACGUUGGGCACUCUCCGUCAGUGAGUCAUUGUGGGUCUGUGAUAGCUGUGUCACCCUCUUUGUAGACUGUACACAAGCAUUAGUGCUCCUGAAAACCUCUCCUUUCUCUCCCUCUCUCUCUCGAUAUAGUGAACUUGUUUUCUUAUUUCAUCACCUGAUGCACACUUCCGAUCGGACUGCACACAUCUCCUGCCUCGCACGUUUUGUGUGUUUUCCACUUUGUGCCAUACCACCGUAGAUUAGUCAGUGCUUCACCCCAGCUUAAAAGGCUGGCUGUUCUUUUGAGCCUACCAUCCGAUUGCGCCGAUCCUUCUUCGUCUGACCGUAGGAUCGCAGUAUUUCCCUCCCCCCAUCCUUCCCACCGUGGAUUUAGUGCUUCCUCUAUGAGACCGCGUCCUUCGGCUGGGUUCCCUGUCCUCCACCCCAGCGGGUCUCGUGCACAAGAUCGUUUUGUUUCAUAUUGCGUACGCAAAAAACACUUGUUCUUAUGUAUUCUGGCUUUUCAUCUUGUCUGCGCGCACAGCCCGUCAUCAUACUGCAGAGCCCCGGGUAAUGUGCAUUCCCAUCCCCCACCCUCACUAAUGUUUAUGGUGAACAAACGUGCCGUGG